AUGUCUAAUGCAGGGGGGUACACAGAGCCAAGAAAAGCAGAUGAGCAAAUACAGGAGCUCUGUAAUCAGGUGAAGGACCAGGUGGAGGCAAAAACAGGGAAGGAUUACAUACAGUUCACUGCAAUUUUAUACCGGACACAGGUGGUGGCAGGAAUAAACUACCUCAUUAAGGUUGAUGUUGGAGAUUCUUACCUCCACCUGUGGCUCUACCAAGACCUGUCGGACCACGUGGUAGUGAUGAAAGUACAAGAACACAAGAAAGAUGAUCCACUUGUACCUUUUUAGUGCAGUGGAAUUGACAUGUUUCAAUUGUAUUUCUGUACUCUGUGCAUGCUGACAAAAUCCAUUAAAAGUACUGCUUUCAGAUUUUAACUCUCAAGCACUGGACAUGAACUGA